AUGGAGAAGUAUGAAAUACUGGAACAGAUAGGAAAAGGGGCUUUUGGCUCUGCCCUUCUUGUAAGGCACAAGCUUGAAAAGAAGAAGUACGUGUUGAAAAAGAUCCGUCUUGCCCGCCAAACCAAUCGGACACGUCGAUCUGCACAUCAGGAGAUGGAGCUUAUAUCAAAAAUGCAAAAUCCAUUUAUCGUGGAGUACAAAGAUUCAUGGGUGGAGAAGGGUUGCUAUGUGUGCAUUAUCAUAGGUUACUGUGAAGGUGGAGACAUGGCAGAAGCAAUAAAAAAGGCAAAUGGUGUCCAUUUUCCAGAAGAGACGCUAUGUAAGUGGCUUGUUCAACUUCUUAUGGCACUUGACUAUUUACACAUGAAUCAUAUUCUUCAUCGAGAUGUCAAGUGUUCUAAUAUAUUCUUAACAAGAGAUCGAGAUAUUCGUCUUGGUGAUUUUGGACUUGCCAAGAUGUUGGCUUCAGAUGAUCUUGCUUCCUCUAUAGUUGGAACUCCCAGUUAUAUGUGCCCUGAGCUUCUUGCUGAUAUACCUUAUGGUUCCAAAUCAGACAUAUGGUCCCUCGGAUGCUGCAUAUAUGAGAUGACAGCACUUAAACCUGCAUUCAAAGCCUUCGACAUCCAGGCACUCAUCAAUAAAAUAAACAAGUCUAUUGUGGCGCCACUACCCACAAAAUACUCUGGUGCAUUCCGGGGUCUGGUAAAAAGCAUGCUGCGGAAAAAUCCAGAACUUCGGCCUAAUGCUGCAGAACUUCUUAGGCAUCCACACCUUCAACCCUAUGUGGUUAACACUCAUCUGAAACUCAAUUGCCCCAGACGCAACAGUCUACGAAUUCAAUGGGCUGAAACUGAAACAAAUAACACUAGGAAAAUUAGAUUUUCAGAGCCAAUUAAUGUCCGACCUCCAGUGAAUAGAGAGAGACGACUAUCAUGUGGAAACGACAGGACUUUGAAUCCCAGUGCAUCUGGAGCUGAUCAAAGUUUUCGUUUUUCAAUGCAAAGGACUGAAAAUACUCCUUUUGAUCUGCAUCCGAGAAUAAAACAGCUCUCCACUGGAAGCUCACAUGAAGGGACCGUCAUUACAAAAAAUGUUACUUCUAGAACCUCAAAGAUUGCCAAGAAACCAAAAGCAACAGCUAUAAAUGCGUCUACAGUGUCCAAGAGAAAAUCAGAGCUGUCUAAGAAUCGUGAACCGCUUCAAAAUUCAAGAACCUUGGUUAAGAAAUCUGUCGCUACUACUCGUAGAGCUUCUCUGCCGUUACGGGCCAAAGAUGCAGUUUGCAGUUUCCGUCAUAGGCCGAGUCUUGGAAACAUCGACAUCAUCAAGUCUCCAGAUAUCUCAGUCAAUGCCCCUCGAAUCGAUAAGAUAAUUGAAUUUCCUUUAGUGUCAUAUGAGGAUCCCUUCUUUCCGAUGCAUAAAACUUCAUCUGCCUCUGUGCAAGGUUCCUCUAGUUCACCACAGGGUGACCGCUCUAUUAUGAAGGAUAGAUGCACCAUUCAGUUCCCUGAUAGAUUUGACAGAUUGAGCUUCAACAAUAAUUCUAAAGGAUUUCAAGGACCUACAUUUAAUGUUAGAGAGGAUGGAAGUGAGUCUUCCAAUCAAAAUGCUACAGCUGGCACGUCAAGCCGAACUUCAUCAGACCAAAGACGUUGCCGUUUUAAUAUGUCUUCUUGCCGACAACGAGCUGAAGCUUUGGAAGGAUUACUUGAAUUUAGUGCGAGAUUGUUACAAGAAGAUAGAAUUGAAGAACUUGGGGUUUUACUGAAGCCUUUUGGGCCAGGGAAAGUAUCUUCAAGGGAAACUGCAAUCUGGUUGACUAAGAGCUUCAAGGAAAAUACAGUGAAACCAGAAGAUUAG